AUGACGGGCCUGGACGAAAUAUCACUGGUGACUUGGGAAAAAGGUAAUGGAAGAAUGCCGUAUGCCAGCGAGUGGGAAUAUUCUAGGAAAUUUAAUGGACACAAGGAUACCAAUGGUGACAAGGAGUUUAAUGGACGCCAGGUUGCGGGUCAUGUCAGAGAGAUUAGUGGACAACAGCUGGCGGACCUGGUUCUUGACUUUAAUGGUCUCAAGUUGGCGGAACUUGUUUGGGAGUUUGAAUGGUCAUCGGGGGUUGGAAAUGUGUUGACCCUCACUAUGGCCGAAGGUGGACGCCCUCCAGAACUGGAUUUACACUUACUGGAAUGUCCUAUCUGUCUGGAGCGACUUCAGAAACCCAAGUCCUUACCCUGUUUCCACUGCUUCUGUCAGAAAUGUCUCGGGACAUACAUCACGAAGGAGUUGUCAGGGAAGAUGGCGUCAGAAGCUUCCUUCCCUUGUCCUGUCUGUAGGAGGGUGACCCCGCCUGUCAAUCCUGUGGAAUCUAAGGACAAAUGGGCAGAACAUUUCCCUACUAACCCUGUGAUCCAGGACCUCAUUCAGCUCAAGGAACGAUCGUCUGAACCACUGUACUGUAAACCCUGUCAGACAAAAGGUAACAUGACCAAUCCUGCGAAGUUUUGGUGCAAGGACAUGAAGGCGAAUUUUUGUGAAACUUGUAAGACACAGUUUCAUGAUAUCAUACACAGUGACUGUGACAUCUUGGAUAUAACCGGAUAUGGCGGAGGUCGACCAAAACAGGAAAAGUCAGCCCCUCGAUGUGACCAACACGAUGAGAAGAAUGUUUGGUAUUGUGAGGACCACCAACUCUUAGGAUGCCAGAUAUGCGUUUUUGAAAACCACAGAAGUUGUGAGGAAGUGACAACAACGAUAAAAUAUUUUCAGAAAAUAAAAGAUGGGUCACGGCUAGAAGACAUGCAAGACAUGCUGAAGAAAAACACGGAGGUUAUUGGCAUAAUAGUGAAGGACUUUGACGAACAACUUCAAAGUCUGGUACAGAACCAGGAAAUAGCACUACAGAGUAUCACCGAUCUCCAUCAAAAGGUCGAUAAACGGCUAAAAAAGCUACAGAAAGACGUCACAGACAAGUUGAUCGCGUCGUUUAAAGAAGAGAAGAUAAACAUGGAGGCGUCAUUACGGCAGUGUGAACGUCUGAUGAAUAGUAUGAUGAAUACCAUGAAGUCGACUGUUACUGCCGUAGAGGGAAAUGACCACAUUGAGACGAUAGUGCUGUACCGGAGAGGACAGGCAGAGGUGGAGUCGUGUAAGGCCAUGAUAACGGAGAUGGGAAAGUCGUACAUGUCCGUCAGCAUCAAACAUCAGGUUGUUAGUGGACACGGAAAUCUUGAUGACGACGGAAUGGGAAAGAUCAUAAUCGAGAAACAACCACGACAUUUCCCUGGCAACCAUUGUGAUCUAGAACCACACUUGUUAGAAAGAGAAAUGAAGGAAAUCGGAAAGUUCAACAUUAAGAUUCCGUCGGAUGAAUAUAAUUGCCGUGUCUGUGGUGUUGUGUUCCUCCCAUGUGAUCAAAUCGUUGUAAGUGAUAACUACAACAAUAAGCUGAAGCUGUUUACAGAAAAAGGACAGUUCCUGGACGAGUUCACCAUUCAAGGACGUCCCACUGAUCUGUGUCUGGUAGACAACAACACUGUGGCGGUCGCUGUCGACAGUCCUGGUGGUAUACAUGUCGUGAAAGUCGAGGCAUCCAAACUCUCCCUGUCGUCUGAGAUCAGGAUGUCAAACGAUACUGGAUUCGGAAAGGACCCUGUUAAAAAGGAACACGUCAUCGGGUUUAUUGGAAAGAUACUCGUAAACAGAGAUGCCGAACAUUCAUCUUCAUUGUCACCUGCCAAGGAUUAUACGUAG